AUGGUUCUUAUGCCUUCACAUGCGAACGCGAGACAUCGGGCCUCCGAUUAGAUUCGAAAGAAGAAAUAGGGGAAGAGAGAGGGCCAGUAACGAAUCGCCUCGAUGGCGUCCUUCGGCUCCCUAAAAUCGACGAUUUUUGAAAGGGAGGAGCGGAAACAGCAGUACCAGAACCACAUCCGUGGAUUGAAUGCCUACGAUCGUCACAAGAAAUUCAUGAGCGACUACGUUAGUUUCUAUGGGAAAGGAACAAGUGGGAAAAAUGUGUUUCCACUAAAAACUGAUUUGGAUACCCUCAGAGAAGGUUACAGAUUUAUUCGUAAUGAGGAGGAUGAGGAGAAUCUCUCUUGGGAGCAGAGAUUAGUCAAGCGGUACCAUGACAAGCUUUUCAAGGAAUUUUGCAUUGCUGACAUGUCAGAAUACCGAAGAGGCAAGAUUGGAUUGAGAUGGAGGACAGAGAAUGAAGUCAUAUCUGGAAAAGGUCAGUUCAUCUGUGGUAACAGAAAGUGCAAUGAAAGGGAUGGCCUUGCCAGCUAUGAGGUGAAUUUCUCCUAUGUCGAAGCUGGAGAAAAUAAGCAAGCACUUGUGAAGUUGGUAGCUUGUGAGAGAUGUGCAGACAAGCUCAUGUAUAAACAUAACAAAGAGAAAGAGAAGCUUUUGGGGAAAGAGGAAAAGGACAGCAAUAAAAGAAAAAGAGGUGAAAACAUAGAUGGCGAUGAGAGUAAUGUCGAUGCACUAGGAAGCCAUCAAAGAUCUAGAAAAGGAACAGCAAAAAGAGAGUCAACUUCAAGAAAUGAUGGAAGCGCUGGCACCGAUGACAGUUUCGACGAGUACCUUGAAGGAAUGUUUCCAGGACAUGGCCAUCACAACUGAAGAAAGUGUGAUCUUGUGAGUACGCCAGAAACAGAACUGUUCCCAAAUUUUUUGUGUCCAUCCUGAUCAGCUUAUUGAACUCUAUUAAAGCAAGAUAUGAACAACCAAGCCUGGACAAGUUCGUCAAGUGCCCCAUCUUUUUCCUCUGUAUAUAGAUCCAGAAUAUGUAUUCCAAAAAUUAAGAUUUAUUCAUAAACAUGCUGCUUCUCUUAAUAAAAAAGUUAAUUAGGUUGCAAUGAUUAGUA